CAAUGAUGCAGUUUGCUUUGCAAAUUGCAGUUGAAGUGUGGUUGGGUUGGGUGGUGCUCCCUUCUCAAAUAAUGCAGUAAUACACACUUUACUGUUAUUUUUCUAUUUUUAGCAAGUUUAACGAACAAUUUUUCCGCGUAUUGAAACGUAUAAACCACAAAUAAUGCUAGUGCGACUUUACCUCGACCCGAAAAUGAAAAAAACCUAUUUAGACUAGUUAUUUCGGCUAGAAAACUGAUUGCCUCUAGGAUGGGCUAUGCUUUUGUUUAUAUUAUCCUUGCUUUAUUUUGCCGCCCUGUGAUACUUGCACAAGAAUUGACUCGUUUUCAAUUUACGACUAUUAAACCCAGUGUCACAGAAAUCGUUACUGCCAAAAUUACACAGGGCAAUGACACCUCCAAUCUUGAUAUUUUAGCACCCAGCAGUCCAAGGAACCUAACCAUCAAAAAUGCUACAGAUACUUCUUUGACUCUGCAAUGGCAAAUUCCUGAUAAACCUAAUGGAUUACUGCGAGGAUAUAGAAUUUACUUUACACAAGGCAAUUAUACAGAUACUAGGACUGAUAAAACUAACCCAGAGCAGCCAGUUAAGACCUAUAUAUUGAACGCAUUAAAACCAGACACUGUAUACUCCAUCCAAGUUAAAGCCUUCUCUGCCAAACAUGAAGGAAAUCUAUCAGCUCCCGUCUUAGGCCGCACUGACAUAAUGGGACCCAGCCCUCCAAUAUUGACCAAUAUUUCAUGUGAAUACAACAACUCUAUCAUGGUUGAAUUCAACAGAUCCGCUCGUUUUCCUGACUCCAUCGAUGAGUACUACAUUGACAUUUUUGAAAGUGGUGUUCUUAUUCAGCACAUGGACCUGCCCACUGAGAAAAACUUCAUAUCUUCAUCUUAUGUUUUCCACAAUAUAACACCCAAAGUUCGCUAUGAAGUUCAGGUUUAUGCUGCUUCCAAAAGUAACCGUACAGGAAAUUUGGUUAAGGGCGAAAAGUCUAGGCUUGAAUCAGUUUUUGUUGCCGAAGGCUGCCUUGUGCCAUCUGAACAUCUUACAGAACUAUGGGCUGGCAUAUUAGCCGGAUUUUUAUGUGCUGUUGGUGUACUUCUUUUGGGAGGAGGUGCAUAUUUGAUAUGGAGGAUAUAUCUCCAACCCCCGUACUAUUACCUGGAUAAUACUCAGUGUACUCCUGCAUCGUUAGACUGGAACAACCGUCCCCCUCCAAGAAACGAGCCUGAUCCGGAAAACGCGGAAAACGACGAACGUAGAAGGGAUUAUAGCGGUCCCAUUGAGGUUGCUAGGUUUCCAGAACAUGUUCAGAAACUACAUGCAGAUGGCGAUAUUGCUUUUAGCAAGGAAUAUGACUCAAUUCAGAAUGAUCCAACCAACGAAGGAAAUAGUUCUGAGAACUCUCAACAUCCUGACAAUAAACCCAAGAAUCGAUAUUUAAAUAUAAUUGCUUAUGAUCAUUCUCGGGUUCAACUACUCCCAAUGCCUGGUCAGAAGGUUUCAACAUACAUAAAUGCCAAUUACAUUGAUGGUUUCCAAGUAAACAGGGCUUAUAUAGGUACCCAAGGACCCUUGCCUUCAACAUUUGACUGCUUUUGGAGAAUGAUUUGGGAACAACGAGUUACCAUUAUUGUGAUGAUUACUAACUUAGUUGAGAGAGGUCGGCGAAAAUGUGACAUGUAUUGGCCUAAAGAAGGCUCUGAAGUAUAUGGUUUAAUACAAGUAAGGCUAGUGAAGGAGGACGUGAUGGCAACCUAUACCAUUCGAACCUUGGUCAUACGCCAUACCAGGCUAAAAAGGGCUAAAGAUGCUUCAAUGGCUGAAAAGACAGUCUAUCAAUAUCACUACACUAACUGGCCUGAUCAUGGAACUCCUGACCAUCCAUUGCCAGUCAUCAGCUUUGUUAAAAAAUCUGCCGCUGCUAAUCCUCCUGACAGUGGACCCAUUGUAGUACAUUGCAGCGCUGGUGUGGGUAGAACAGGAACCUAUAUAGUUCUAGACGCAAUGUUAAAACAAAUCAAAGCUCGAGGGGAAGUGAAUAUAUUUGGUUUCCUCAAACACAUAAGAGCUCAACGAAAUUUCUUAGUCCAAACCGAAGAACAGUAUAUUUUUAUACACGAUGCUCUUUUAGAAGCCAUUGAGGGAGGCGAAACUGAUAUUCCCCGUGAUCAAUUUGCUCGCUACAUUGAGAUUUUGCAAAAUCCUGAUAGUAGGACUCAAGAGGAAGGUGCUUGGAAACCUCUACUUGAUCAAUAUCAGCAAGUCAUCAAAUUCAAACCACGUGAUUUCAACCUCGUCUCAGCGAACAAGCCCGUCAACCAAAAAAAGAAUAGAUGUGCGGUUUUGGUGCCUAUUGAGAGUGCCAGAGUUCACCUAACCCCUAGACCUGGUGAAGACGGAUCUGAUUAUAUCAACGCUAGCUGGUUACCUGGUUUCCACAGCUUACGGGAGUUCAUAAUUACCCAGCAUCCUCUAGUAAAAGAGGAUUUCUGGAAAAUGUGUUGGGACCACACUUGUCAACUUACAGUUAUGCUUAGCAUGAUCGAUGGUGACGAAUUCCAGGCAUUUUGGCCUGAAGGUGACGAAGUAAUUGAAACAGACGUUUAUACUUGCCAGCAGCUUAGUGUUAAUAGAAGCACGCCCUAUAUAAUUAGGGAAUUCCUGCUCAAGUCUGUUCAGGACGAUUACGAAAUUAGGACCAAGUUUAUCCAGAGCAUCAAUUGGCCCCACCAUGGAGUUCCUAGUAUUAAAAAUAUGUAUGAUUUGCCUAACUAUGUUACUGGAAUGCAGAAGACUGGACAAGGACCUGUUUGUGUUGUUGAUAGAUUUGGUGGUACUGAUGCAGCUAGCUUUUGCGCUCUAGUGACUCUAAGGCGACAUUUGGCCUAUGAAAAUAAAGUGGACGUAUAUAUGUAUGCCAAGCUCUACCACAACAAGAGACCAGGCGUAUGGCUUUCCAUCGACGACUACAUGAAACUCCAUCUUUGUGUUCAAACCAUAUCCUCAGGAACUGAAAAAACCCUGGAAGAAAUUCCACCAGAUCUAUUUACUAUGGCAAAUGGCAUAGCCAAAAACCGCUCUUCUGCUUCUAAUUGCUCUGGAAAGCUUUCAAAUUGUUCUGAUCCACAACCGGGAUACUCCAGGUCUAUGGAUGGUUUUCCCAGUAGCAUUGCCAUCACGAUGGAACAAGACGGUGAGCGACCAUCCACAUCAAAAGAAAUAGGAUUAUCAGCCGGGAUUUUGAAAGAAGAGAAUAAUGACUUGGAAAGAGUUCCACCAGAAGCUAUACCGCUAUUAGGAAAUCUGAAGGCUAGACACUAAGAUAUGUUUGGUUUUCAUUAACAGAAGGCUGCUAUUUUUUAUUUUAACUAUUUAGUAUGUAGUGACAAAUAUAUCUACACUUGACUGAAAUUUCCAUUGGACCCAAAAGUACAUUUGAAAAUAGACCUUUUGCAGACUUUGAAGAGCAUUACAGUCCUAAUUUAAAAUGUGUGCACUAUCUUAUCAUAAUUUUUCAGAAGCAAUAAGUCCCAGUUAUAAACUUGACGUUGAGAUUUCGUCUGUCGUUUGCGUCCGCCGUUUUCAAUUAAAAGUUUAGGAAUCCAUAAGAUCGUUUGUAUUCCGUUCCGUGUUCCGUUAUGCUCCGUUUAUAAACUUGACGUUAGGAUUCUGUUAUCGUAUGCUUUCAAUUUCAAUUUAAAAUAAGCUUUAUUGCCCAAAAAUUUCACAAUUUCAUUGACAAAGCAAAAAGGAUUGUCUUAUAAUUAAUUCUUAAAAUUAAUACAAUGUCCAAUAAUUCAAACUGAACAAACACAAGACAAGAACAGUUUGACAGUCUAAAACACGUUACAACAUUCACAUUAACUGACAUUAUUUAUAAAGUAUGUAUAACACUAUAGCUAUCCCAUUCAAUCUUCAUAAAAUUCAGUAAGACCAUAAUAUGCCUUGGCGACCAGGUAGUUUUUUACAGACAUACGGAAACUCUCAUAGCAGUCCCUAUCUUUAAUGUCUUGAGGAAGAUGGUUAAACAUUUUCACACUUUCAUAAAUUAUUGAGUUUUUUGUAAGGGAAAGCUUUGGUAUUGGCAGCGGUAGGUAGUUUUGCCUUAAACUGUAGUUCCUGUCUUGUACAAAACCAGAAAACUUUCUAUAAAUCAGAGAAACUGACUCAAGAAUAAAAAUGCAGGGCACCGUUAAUAUUUUCUCCUGUACAAAAAGCGGUCGACAGGUUUCUCUACAGCCUUUCCUACAAAGAUAACGUAGGGCCCUCUUUUGUAGCACAAAUACGGACUGUAUAGAUUUUUGCGUAGAGUUACCCCAGAAAGCUAUCCCGUAUCUGAUGUGUGAUUCUAGUAGUGAAUAAUAAGCUGUUUUAGCUUCUUUUUUGCCAAGUUCCUGUACUAUAGUCCUAACAAUGUAAAAUCCGCUUGCCAAUUUUUUAUUUAAAUGGUCAAUAUGGGAGUCAAAUUUCAGUUGUGUGUCAAUGUGCAACCCAAGAAACUUCACGGUUGUUCUAUUUGCCAGGAUUUCGCUUUCUAGUCUGAUGUCAGUCAAAGAGCACUUGAAAGUGAGUAUGUUUGUCUUUUGUACGUUAAAACAUAAUUUAUUUGUAUCGCACCACCUCUUUAUUUCGGAGAGAUCGUUUUCGAUGGUUGUCUGAAAAUUGUCUAGAGUCCUUGAAGUCCACAGACCGGUAGCAUCGUCUGCGAAAGCCGUGAAUUCCCCCGAAAUUGCGAGGGAUACUAAGUCGUUGACGUAGAGUAGGAGAAGAAUGGGUCCCAACACAGACCCCUGCGGCACACCAUGCAUAAUCUCAGCCGUAUCAGAAUAAACCCCAUUCACUCGGACGAACUGGCAUCUACCUGAGAGCAUUGACCUGAACCAGUCUGAAGCCGUUCCACGGAUGCCAUAAUGACUAAGUUUCUGCAGCAAUAUUUCAUGAUUUACGCAAUCGAAAGCUUUCGAGAAAUCACAAAACACCGCCGCAGCCAUCUCUCGAUCAUUCAAGCUGAGGUAUAGUUUUUCCAAAAAUGAGAAGAUUGCAUCAUUUGUGCCUCUAGAACUUUGAAAACCAAACUGAUUCCGAUCAAGAACAUUAUGCCUCUUCAAAAAAUCCACCAGUUGCUCUUUAAAAAUGUUCUCCAUGAUCUUCGAGAGAGUAUUCAAUAGCGAAAUAGGUCGAUAAUUCGAUAGAUCUGAACUGUCUCCCCCCCCCCCCCCUUAAAGAUUGGGAUUACCACUGCCGAUUUCAGACAAGGAGGAAAUAUUCCAGCGCCCAGAGAAAAAUUAAUACAAGAGGCUAGUGCCUCUAGAGCACUGUCAUGUUUGUUUGUUGUUUUGAAACUGAACUGUGUAAGAUAAUGGCUGUAGAUAAUCUAAAGGAUGAGUGUUAGAAUUAAGAUUAUCUGACAGCUUUCCUGCAAUGGUUGUGUAGAAGGUAUUAAGUUUGUCAGGCUCAACAUCAACAAAACUUUUGGAUCUUUCUUUUUUUCCUCUAAAUUCGUUUAUCAACUUCCAGUAUUCUCUGCUUUUGUUUUCUGCCUUGUUGAUUCGCCUUCUAUAGUGGAUUUUUUUCGCCUCAAUAAUAACCUGUCUAUAUAUGGUUCUGUACCUAUUGAAGUACUGUAUGAAAGCCUGGCAGUCAGUGAACUUUCUUAGAGUAUGCAGACACCUUAAGUUUUUCGAAGAGACCCUGAUACCUUUAGUAACCCAUAUUUUUUUUGUUUUGGCUUUUAUUUUUCGCAAAGGAAGCUCUUAUUAAGAAUUCUUGUAGCAGAUAUCUGAAAGCUUUGUAUUCGAUCCUGUGUAUUCAAACACUGGCUCCAGUUUACACGGCUUGCCAAACUCCUGAAGGUAUCAAAGUUUCUUUUGCUGUAUAUUCUGCAUUUUACUAAAGCUUUUUUGGGUACCUCACCAAAUAGCGUUAAUUCUGCCGCCAAGGCUUCAUGGUCUGAAAGUCCUGAGGGUAUAACUUUACAAUUUAAAUCCCCAAAAUCGAAGUUACCGCACAUAUAAUCAAUCGUUGUUUCUCAAUGACUGGUGAUGCGUGUUGGCUCGUUCACAAAUACUUUUAAAUUAAAUGAAUAUAACAGACUUAUCAAAGCUUUGGUAUCUCUUGAUUCCGCAUCAUCCCAGUCGAUAUUGAGAUCGCCUGCAAGAAUUAUCUUUGAUGAAAGUGGGAAUCUUAGCAAAAGACUCUCGAGACCUUCCAAAAACAUUGCUGGGUUUCCAGAUGGAGGCCUGUAUGCGCAUACUAUGUAAAUAUUAAGUUUUCUUACAAAAAUCAGUGAAAAUUCAAAUUUGGUAUUUAUAAUUAAAUCAUUGUAUGUGUCAAUGCACUCGAUCUCGUGUGUCAUUGAGAAGCUGUUGUGGCAAAGGAUUGCUGUACCUCCAUAACCCUUCGCCCUGCAAUAUUUAGAAAUCAUCUUGUAUUGUAAUUCUUGUAAAUUUAAAAAACCAUUCUAAAUCCUAUGUCUUCAUUUUUUUGAAAGUAACGAAAAUUGUCAGAAGUUUUUAAUCCUCAGAUUCUUCUUCCAAGAAAUUAAUAUAGAAAAAAGAUUCAAGAAAAGCCCUUAAAGACACAAUUCUCCAUCGAAUGACACAAAAUGGGGAUGCAGGUUAUGUUUAUUGUUAACUUCCUGAGAACGUCAAGUUCAUAAAUGGUCCAAUUUUUGUGACUACGGAAGGCGAUGAUAACGGCAAACCCGCCGGCACGCGCAAAGGGUAACGGAAUUCUAACGCCAAGUUUAUAAAUGGGCGUUUAUUUUGGACACAAGUCUACAAAGAGUUGAUUUUUACCGUUCUUAUAUUUACUAGAAUAAAAAAGGCUAGGAAUGUUUAUGAAACCUGCUAAGAAUUUGAAAAAACAAAAUCAGCAGUUUAUUUUGAACCUCUAGAGGUAUUAGUUUGCGGCCCGGUUUAUUCAUCUGCAGAUAAACUUGCUGGUAACUAUUUCCAAGAUAAAUUAACCGUUGUAUAGUUCUAUUGGUCAGGGAAUAACUGGCCGACCAAUGGGAUUACAGAUUGCGUUUUUAUCCUUCAGUUUACCAGAAGGUGAAUAAACCGGCCCUGCGAUAAGCAGAUUUGAAUAGCAUGAAGAUUAACCAAAAAUGUUCUCAGCAGGUUGUAAUAAUAAUGAACCAACCACCUUGAAAGUGAUGUGUUGUUCUCUAAGAUUUUGUAGCCAUGCUGAUUCACGACAAUCACGACAAACCUCAUGAUCAUGAUUUACCCAAGUCGAAUAUCAUUAGCCAGGUUAAUAAUAACAAAAUAUUGAUACCAAAAUCAUUCCAAGUACCAUAAUUUUGUUAAUAUUAUCUAUAUUGUAUUAUUUUUGCAUUUAAUUUUUAUCGCUUUUCUUAUUGGCUGCAUAAAUACAGGAAGAUUAUAAUGUGAUAAAAAUGUACAUGGCGUCUCGAAUAUCAUCUCCUGUCUGUGUUGAGGACUAAAUUUGCGGAGAAAUUGUGUAUGGAUCUGAUUCCUAAAGUAACUGAGGAUUGAUGAGCUACAGAACUUGGAACGGUCUUGAAAGCUGGGAAAUAAUUUAAAAAAAGGUCACAUUCGUUGGUAAAAAUACUUUAGUAAUAAUAAAUGUUUUGGUUUUCCAACCUUAAAUUUUAUGCGAAAAACUAUAGCUGUAUAGGUUUAUCUAACUGAGGUAUUAACACUGUUAGUGCUCAGGUACAUCAAUAGAAUACUUUCACUGACUCAUACUUGAGGUCGCUUGGAACCAAUAUGACCAUAUUUACCCCAAUGCAAGUUGGAUAUUACUGCGAAAUGGUUGAGUUGUUACACAUGAAUAUAAUUUUUUAUGGAACCAAAUACCCUGGACCGCCAGGCCUUGGCAAGGAGGUAUCUGCAGCACCGUUUAUGAUAAAAAAAAAUUAACCGUAUGAAGAUGACAUUGAAGAGACAACAGAAAUAUCCGAGAUUGUAGUAAUAAACCCAAAUAAACAGAUACUUAUAAGAGAAAUAUUCAAAUGAUGCAAAAGUUGCACUGCCAUGUUUGAAAUGGGGGCACAUUUGGAAAUGCAUCUAAUGACACAUUUGUAUACGCGUCCUUCCGAAUGUGACACUUGCAAAGCAAAAUUGAAAACAAAAGGCAAUUCGAAGGGUCAGAUAUUGAAAACUUUAUGAGAGGAAUUUUCAAUGAAACAUACGGAACCCCAAAUUCAAAUGCAAAGAAUAUUUGAAAAAUACUCGUUGAUGGACAUUGGGAUGAACGAGCUUUUAAAUGUGUUUUUUUUGUGAUGUGAAAAUAGCAGUUUGAAAUGAGAUUUAUUUUUAUUUAUUUAUAGCGGCCUGCGAAAUGGUCUCGCCGCUCUGCUACGAUUGGAACGCGGAUUAGUAUUUUCCCUGAAUCUGACAAUGAUUAGGGAGAACUGAUUGACAAACCUCAUAUAAUGGAUGUCGAAGCCGGACACUUAUAAGAGGAAUAUUCAAAUGAUGCAAAAGGUGCAAUGCCGUGUUUGAAACAGAGACAUAUUUGAAAAUUCAUUCAAUAACACAACACAUCCUUUAGAAGGUGACACUUGCAAAGCAAAAUUUAAAACAAAAGGCAGUCCGAAAUUGAAACACUAGGAAUUUUCAAUGCAUCCUAUGCAACGCGAAAUUCAUAUCCCAAGCAUAUUUGUCAAGACAACGAUCAUCCUGAAGUGUCAGGCCUUUGGCAAGAAAUUACCUGCAGAGGACCGUUAGAGGAUGACAUCUCAAAAACUGCAAAACUUGUCAUACAGGUUCCAAAGGACUCAAACUAUAAGUCAGUUAAAACUCUAUUGAUGUACCAAACAUCCUAUAUAAUUAUUGGCCUUUAACGUUCUACGUCUUCCCAUUUUCUUGAUCUUCAACCAUAUCUAUCAAUUGAGGCAUUUUCCUCCAAGCCUCUGUCUCUCAUUUCUUCGUCUACUUCUCUUAUUUAGCAUCUUGGACUACCGCGCUUUUCCCCCCUCCACUGGCUACCACCCAAUGAUUGGUUUGGGUAUUUGACCUGUGAACUAUUAUGUAAUAAUUAUGCUUUUGACGAUGUUGCUGUACUUCUAGUUUUAUUUAUUUUGUUGAUAUUUUUAUCCAUACUCUAUUUAGUAGUCAUAUUUGCCUUCCAUCCUUGUAUACUCCGAUAUCAUCGGUGUCUACCCAGAUACAAUGAAAGGAGAACAAAAAAGCCUAUCUCACAAUUCCAAAAAGGUAUAUUUUUAACUAACCAACUACCAUGGGUCAAAAAUAUUACACCCUAUCUUCAGGUCCACAAAAGGCUACAAAGAACAUAUAAAUAUUUUUUAAAAAAAUCCAAGUGUUUCAAUAUAUGAUUCUACAUCGUUCAACAUGUUUUUUCAAAAAUAUGAUUGGGAUUUGUAUUUGAUGUUGCAUAGCUUUUAUUGAAACCCUUUUUAAUGAAAACCCUCACCAAGUGUUUUAAUAUAGGAUUCUACAAAUUGGCUAUCUGUUUCAAAUUUUGUUUGGCAACUGUCACAUUCGAAUGGGUGCCUAUCUAAGUUUGUCACUGAAUGAAUUUUCGAAUGUUCAUCUGUUUCAAACAUAGCAUUGGAAUCUGCGUUUUUAUCGUAGCAGAGCGACGCGCUCGUUUUGCAGUUGGCUGUAAGUAGAUAAAAAUAAAUGUCUUUUCCAACUGUUAUGUUCAAAUUUGACAUCAAAAACUUCAUAUUUUUAUUAAACAUCUGAAUGUCGUUCAACGUGUUUUCUCAAAAAUGUGAUUGGGAUUUAAAUUUGACGUUGCAUAGCUUUUAUUGAAACCCUUUUCAUUGAAAACCCUCACCAAGUGUUUCAAUAUAUGAUUCUACAAAUUGACUUUCUGUAUCAAAUUUUGUUCGGCAACUGUCACAUUCGAAUGGGUGUCUAUCUAAAUUUGUCAUUCAAUGAAUUUUCAAAUGUUCAUCUGUUUCAAACAUAGCAUUGGAAUCUGCGUUUUUAUCGUAGCAGAGCCACGCGCCCGUUUUGCAGGUGGCUAUAAAUGAAUAAAAAUAAGAUUAGAUUUCUGUUCCAAAUUUUGUUUGGUAAGUGUCACAUUCGAAUGGGUGCCUAUCCAAAUUUGUCAUUGAAUGAAUUUUCGAAUGAUCAUCUGUUUCAAACAUGGCAUUUGAAUCUGCGUCUUUAUCGUAGCAGAGCGACGCGCCCGCUUUGCAGGUGACUAUAAAUAAAUAAAAAUAAAUGUCUUUCCAAACUGCUAUGUUUAAAUUUUACAUCAAAAACUUUAUAUUUAAAUUCAACAUCUGAAUGUCGUUCAACGUGUUUUUUCAAAAAUAUGAUUGGGAUUUGAAUUUGACGUUGCAUAGCUUUUAUUGAAACCCUUUUUAAUGAAAACCCUCACCAAGUGUUUCAAUAUAUGAUUCUACAAAUUGGCUUUCUGUAUCAAAUUUUGUUCGGCAACUGUCACAUUCGAAUGGGUGUCUAUCCAAAUUUGUCAAUAAAAGAAUUUUUGAAUGUUCAUCUGUUUCAAACAUAGCAUUGAAAUCUGCGUUUUUAUCGUAGCAGAGCGACGCGCCCGUUUUGCAGGUGGCUAUAAAUAAAUCAAAAUAAUUCUAUUUUUACAUUUGACAUGACAGAUGACACAUUUAAAUGCUUGUUUAACCCAAUGUCCAUCAAUAAGUAUUUUCCAAAUAUGAUCGGGAUUUGAAUUGAAAAUUCCUUUUAUACCCAGUGUUUCAAUAUCGGACUGCCUUUUGUUUUAAAUUUUGCUUUGCAAGUGUCACAUUCUAAAGGACGCGUAUCCAAAUGUGUUAUUAAAUGAAUUUUCAAAUGUGUCCCUGUUCCAAACACGGCACUGCAACUUUUGCAUCAUUUGAAUAUUCCUCUUAUAAGUAUUCGGCUUCGACAUCCAUUAUAUGAGGUUUGUCAAUGACUUCUCCCCAAUCAUUGUCAGAUUCAGGGACAAUACUAAUCCGCGUUUUAAUCGUAGCAGAACGGCGAGCCCCUUUCGCAGGCGGCUAUAAAUAAAUAAAAAUAAAUGUCAUUUCAAACUGCUAUUUUCACAUCACAAAAAAAAAAAACACAUUUAAAAGCUCGUUCAUCCGAAUAUUCAUCAACAAGUAUUUUCCAAAUAUUCUUUGCAUUUGAAUUUGGGAUUCCGUAGGUAUCAUUGAAAAUUCCUCUCAUAAAGUUUUCAAUAUCUGACCCUUCGAAUUGCCUUCUGUUUUCAAUUUUGCUUUGCAAGUGUCACAUUCGGAAGGACGCGUAUCCAAAUGUGUCAUUAGAUGCAUUUCCAAAUGUGCCCCCGUUUCAAGCAUGGCAGUGCAACUUUUGCAUCAUUUGAAUAUUCCUCGUAUAAGCAUCUGUUUAUUUGGGUUUGAUAGUACAGUCUCUGGUAUUUCUGUUUUCUCUUCUAUUUCAUCAUGUGAGGGUUUAUUCUUUAUCAUAAACGGCCAAGGCCUGGCGGUCCAGGGUGAUAGUAGUCUUUACUCUCGUCGCUCUCAUCUAUUAGUUUUGCAAUAGCUUCAGUAUCCGAUUUAUCGUGUGUUUCAAUGAUUUCUCCCUCAACAUCGUCACAUUCAGGGGCAAUACUAAUCUGCGCUUUUAUGAUAGCGAAGCGGCGUACCCCUUCGAAUGCGUCAAUUUUUUCUUCAACAAAGAUUUGCGGGUUCUAUAAUUGGUUCUUAAUUUAGGCAAAAAGAAUUGGAAACGUAAUUUUAUUCAUAGAACCACUUUGUCCUUGUAAGGCGCGGUUUAUUCAUCUUCCGAUAAACUUGUUGGUAACAAUCUGCAAGAUAAAUUUAGCGUUCUAUAAAUCUAUUGGUCGGCGGAUCACUGGCCGACCAAUGGGAUUACAGAUUGCAUACCUGACAGUUUAUCAGAAGGCGAAUAGGCCGGCCCUAAAUAUAGUUAAUUUAUUUGUAGGACGACAGAUAGCCAAAUACUGGCCUUCCAGCAACUAAAACUUUUUUUGGCCUUAUCAUUCUCCAUAAUCCUCCUGUAUUUAUUUAACCAAGGUUAUGUAUAGCCUUUUAUAAACGAAAGUCGCAAUAAUGUGACAAUAUAAAUAUAAAUUAGAUUUAUUAUAAGUUAGAUCAUGGAUGUUCCAUUACUCAUUACUAAGGCCUUCUUAUUGAACGGUGUGUAUUUUUAUAAUGUCUAAGACAAGCGUUGUAUUUAAACAUGCUUAACAUUGAAUUAUCAAGAGUUUUAUAUUGUUAAGUAAGCAAUUUUUCCCUUCACUCUAGUGCUCUUAUUCAGAUCUAUUGUACAGAGCAUUUUCAUGGUCACUAGUACACUCAGUUCUUAUAUCUAUUUUAGCUAAUAUGGCCAGUGUUAUAAUAAGUUUUAUACUAAAGUUACUUGUAUAAUCUGCUUUUUUAAAUUAAUUUUAAAACAAAUUUAUAUGGCACUAUAUAAUUUUUAAAGGUGCUUUUUAUGUGGUGGUAUUUUUAUUUGUUUUGUACUUGUAUAUACAUUGCUUUAGGUAUAACAUUUAAUCAACAAGUGUAUAUAAUAUUCUUUUUAAUAUUUUUUUUUAUAAAUUUUUGGUUUCAAUUUUGCUUCGUAAAUCCAUAUAGCUGCAUUUACAUUUUACAAUUUAAGUCUUAAACUUUGUUGUAUCAACAGAGAUUUUUUUAUUUAUUUUUUUCAUUUUGAAGCCUGGCAACAGUAAAAAAUCUUCUACAUUUGAUUUCUACAAGUUGUACAUUGUGAAACAAAUUAAAUAUUAGUAUUAUGCGAAUAGGUUUUAGGAAAAAAAUAGUUUGUAAGAUUUACUGGUAGCAGCGUACUAGUCAAAACUAACAUUACUUUUGUCUAUUACUGUGAUAAUAGACAGUGGGUUACAUCCGGUGAAACAUAAUAUCUUAAGUUUAGACAUUCCUAUCUUUUUGGUAUUGUAGUUGUUAUAAAUAAUUUUGGAAAUUAUGAAUUGAUAACCACUUUUAUUAUGAUUGUUUUCGUGCUAUAAACCUGUUUUGUGAUAUAAAAUUGAAAUCAAUUUUUUUUUUCAAAUCUUUGGCUUAAGAUAAAAUUUAUUCAUAAUUCAGAAACAUAGGUUCCAAAUAUACUUUUUUUGGUGGUGUGUCAUCUCAGGUGGUGUUAAUGGUAAUAACUCAUCCUCAUUUUCAAUAAGAUCCAUUUCGGAAAGUUACUUGACAAUUUUUUAAAAUUGACAAUGAGAUCUAAGUAAACACAAAAAAUUCAUCAAACGUCAUCACAGCAAUUAUAAUUAAAUCUAAAAAAGUGGACCAUGCGUCAAAUUGGAACAAAUUUGGAGGAAAAAUUAUGUGAUUCACACGGCAUAAAAUCAGAUUUAAUGCGUUGGCUGGUUUCCUAGCGUCAGAGUCGUCUACGCCUCGGCUGUAAAACACCAGCCGCGGCAUUAAGACUUGUGCUUUUCUGCCUAGUAAAACAAAUAACUAUAUUUGCUUACAAACUAAAUAUUAUUUUUACCAAAAAAAAAAAAAAACUACUUGACAGAAUCUGAUAUGUAUUAGGGUUACAAUUUGAAAUAAAGGAGCCAGCCAUAUUUGCCAUAAUAAGGUUCGUUCGUUCUUUCGCCCUUUCGAACCAAUAAUGACACUGCAGCCUUGGAAGCUUUUGUAUCUCAUUGUAUGGACUCCACUCCUUCCCAUUCAAACUUCUGGACUAGAUGAUGCGGGUGAUCUACCGACCGGUACUACUGCGGGCACCCAUCCGAUCUCCAUUUCGACAUCACGUUGCUUGGCCUGAGCAGAGCGGCUUGCGUCCUUCAUCGAGAAGUACCAACGUGCCGGUGCCAUAAUAAGGUAUCUACGAACUUGAAAAAUAAAUAUAUUUAACAUAACAUUAUUUGAGACUAUGACUGUGUAGAAUAAAACAUUUUAUUUGAAGAAAAAAUCUUUUAAUGAACAUUCUGUAUAAAUAAACACUCAACUUUAUAUCGGCGUUGUCAAGUCUAAUUUAAAGUAUGUUAAUCAAGGUUUUUUAUAUGAAUUUGUUUGAAAAUUAUCUAAUUUUUUUGAAAUGAAAAUCCUUAACUAGUAUGUCCCAUCCAGCAAAGACUAACUUGUUCAUUUUUGUAAAAUUUGCUAUCAAAUAAGAUAAAACUCCUACUCUGCUGAUGGGCUACCUAGAAAAUAGUAUUUAGGAUAACUCAGUUGAAACUGCACAGCAAUGUUUUUCAAAUAUGACCAUAUUCUGAAUCCUCUUACCAGAGCAAAAUAGAAUAUGAUAAUAAAUAAAUAACUGGGCUUGAGUGAAUAUCUUUGACCUGAUAGAAGUAUGGAGAUUUGAAUAAAAAUAUAGUUAUCCUGGACAUUUUUCUUGUAAUUUUGCAACUAAUCCAUACCCAACUCGCGAGUGGAAACUACUUUUUCAACGCAUUCCCUGAAGUUCGUCGAUUUUAAUCUGAUACUCGAAAGGAAUGUGAGCUGGUGGCACCCUACAUUAGAACGCCAAUGGUCGCCUGACGUCACACCUGUUUUUGCCAUAUACUUCACCCCCUCGUUCCUCAUAGGGAAAGUGUCAGAUAAAAAUCGACGAACAAUACACUUUUUUAAAUGUUUGCAUUUAUUAAGACAACCAUAAUCAUAGAAAAAUUCAGAUUUUUCUUCAUUUUGAUUUUUGUAGUGAAUAUUAAUUUCUUUUGGUGAAACCCCUUGAGUGAAGAUAGGUACUUACUUACUUUUGUACCUGUUGAAAAAUUGAUAUAUUUUGGUAUUUUUUUUAAACUCACUGUGUGCACAACUGACGUUUUUAAAACAAUUUUUUAACUGACUGUUUAUUAGAUAAAAAUUAAGGCGUAUUUCGCCUAAAAAUUAACUAUUCUUAGAGCGGAUUGAUUUCGAUGUUGGAUAACUAUGCACUAAUAAAUUUGCAGAAAUCACUAGACGUCCAAAUUUCACUGAUAUUUAUCAGUAAUUUUAUUGAACAUUUAAGUUCAUGUUAAUCAUAUGUCUGUUGAAAUUCGAAGUUUAGCUUUCAAUUUAUUAUUUUGAUUUAAAUUAGAACAUAAAAUGUUUCAACAGAGUGACAGAUUAAUACCUAUACCAUAUUCUGUGUUAAAGAUUCUGGCCAAAAACUUAACAUUACCAUCAGAAUACCAUUUUUGAUUUUUUAAGGAGACGUUAAUCUAAGAUAAGAAUGUAAGACCGAGGUUCCCCUAAAAUAAACCAUUUAGGUUUCACGGCCUAUCAAAGUUGCAAAAAAGUCAAUUUUCAUCUGUCAAUAUUUCCAAAACAGUUGAACUUAGGUAGGUAAUAAAAUUUAGUACCAAAAUGUAUGGAAUUAAAAACCCUCCAAAAUGAUGUAUCACAUGACCCCCCUUCCCAGUUAUGAUUUUCUAGGGGGUGGCUCUGGGGGUUGAAUUUUGCAUAAAAACUCAUCCCCCUUCAAAUUAUAGUUGACGUGUUUCAGGGAAUUUUUCGAAAAUUUUUCAACUCCGAGAUAGGGGUGGUAAGUUGUGAAAUGAACACCCUGUAUAUUUUGAGCCACAAAUAACAUUUUCCUGAUUAAAUAUAUAUAUAUACAUACAUACAGUGUGUCCCGCUUAAGGACUGACCACCCUUCUAAAAUUUUUAUUUUUUACUCGAUUCAAUUUUUUUUUGGUCCUAUAUCCACUCAAAUUUGGCACAUAAUUUUAUUUCUGCUGCUGUACUGGUGUACAGGUGUCCACAUUUAUAGGCUCAAAUAUCAAUAUAUUAGGGAUUUGAAAAAAAAAAAAAAAUAGGAUAACAAAUUCUUAUUUAGAAUGGUCCAAAACCCAAAUGUACUAAUUUUUAUUUCAAUACGAUUCAGGGUGAUCACAACAAAUUUUCAAAAUUGAAGGGACCAAACCGCGAAAAUGUCAUAUUUUGAGGCCUUGAGAACAACAAAACUUAAUAUAACAUAGUUUUAGAAUAUCCUUAACCAAAACUCGUAGUAAGUUUGUCUCAAAAUAUGACAUUUUUGUGGUUUGAUUCAUUACAUUUUGAAAAUUCGUUGUGAUCACCCUGUAUCGUAUUGAAACAAAAAUUUGUACAUUUGGGUUUCAGACCAUUCUAAACAAUAAUUUGCUAUCAGAUUUUUCCUAAAAAAUAUCCCUAAUAGUACUUAUUGAAAUUUGAGCCCAUAAAUGUGGACACCCUGUACACCAGUACAGCCGCAGAAAUGGAAUUAUGAGCCUAAUAAGUGCCAAAUUUGAGUAGACAAGAGACAGAAAAUAAAUAAAUUGAAUCGGUUAAAAAAUAAAAAAUUUAAAUGGUGGUCAGUCCUUAAGCAAGACACACUGUAUAUACAAUAAAAAAUGGUCCUUUGAAUCCUUCGUCAUCUACGCAAGUUUGUUAAAAAGCUUCAGAAAUCUAGUAUAGAGAGGAAUUUAUAAUAAAUAUGUGUUAUUGGAUACAUGGGGCCAUUUCCUCUUGUUCUGUUAAAGAUACUUUAUGCUAGUCAAUCUGUUAGACUAUAGGAUUUUAAAAAUAAUGUGUAUGAUAAGCCUAUUUUAGGAUACAAACUAUUCACCUAUAGUAAUCGAGUAACAUAAUAGGAUUUUUUUAUUAUACGUAUGUAGACAUUUGGACCAAUAUUUUAGUUGAAUACAAUUUGUACUCAUUCUUUUAGCCUUGAGAAGAUGGCAGACAAGAUUUUUCGUACCAUCACUACUCUGGUGAUGAUACACCUCAUUUUUAAACAUCACAAUGGAUUUCUGGUCGAUAUACCUGAUUGGCUGAGAAAACUUUUAGUUUGAUGUGUAAGCUUUCAAGUUUUAAUUUUAAAGUACUUUUCUCUCGGCAAAGCGUUUUGUUCUUUAAAAUUAGCGCGACUUUGAGUUUAGUUUUCUUAUUUCAUUAUCAAAAUUUUAAGAAUGUCAGAAUUAAAACUAUUAGGCUGUAAAUUUAUGGAUGUGGCUGGCAUGAUUAUAUAUUUUUCUUUGAAAAGUGAUUUUUUAUGUAUAUGUAUAUGUAGGAAGUUUUUGUAUAUAUAAUUCUAUAUGUGUGUAAUCGUAAAACUUCAAUGUAUGUAUUUAAAAUACAAGAAAUAAAUAUAUCUUCCGGAUUU